CUUCUUCCACUACACCCUAUCCUACUUCCGAAAAAUGACAGACUGUCAACCAAUCGCUAACAAGAAACUCCACGGCAAGGUGGCAAUAGUCACUGGUGGUGCCAGCGGCAUCGGCGAAGCCACGGCGCGUCGAUUCUCCGACCACGGCGCACGAGCCGUAGUGAUCGCCGACAUACAAGACGAGAAGGGCCAAAACGUCGCCGCAUCGAUUGGUCCCGACCGCUGCACCUAUAUCCACUGCGACGUAACCGACGAGGACCAGGUCAAAUCCCUCGUCGAAACCACCGUCCGUACGUACGGACGACUCGAUGUCAUGUUCAGCAACGCCGGCACGACGACCCCCGGAAGCCAAACCGUUUUGGACCUCGACAUGUCGGCGCUUGACGAGCUCAUCGCCGUCAACGCACGGGGAAUGGUGGCGUGUGUGAAGCACGCGGCGCGGGAGAUGAAGGAGCGGGGAACGAGGGGUAGCGUGAUCUGCACCGGGAGCGUGAUGGCCACGCGAGGGUUCGAUGUCGGAACCGACUACGUGAUGUCGAAGCACGCCGUGUUGGGGCUCGUGAGGUCUGCGAGUCUCCAGCUCGCCGGAGAUGGAAUUCGAGUGAACUGCGUGUCGCCGGGAACGGUGGGGACGCCGUUGGUUCGCCGGAGAUUGGGUGCAGUGGAGAUGGAGGAAGUGGAAAAAGUGGUGGAGACGCGGUCUAUGUUGAAAGGUGUGCUCAGGGAGAACCACGUGGCUGAUACGGUGUCGUUUCUUGCUUCGGAUGAGUCGGAGUUCGUGACUGGGCAUGAUUUUGUUGUGGAUGGCUUGUUUGUUCCACCUCGCUGAUCUGGCCGGCCUGGCUUUUUUUUAUUAUUAUUAUUAUAUUUUUUUUCCUCACAUAUUGUGCCGUUGGCUAUGUGGGUGAAAAAGUCUUAUGGUGAGUCAGCAACUAUUUUUAUUACCAUAAGAAAAAGAAACUAGAGGAAGAAAAAAAAUAUAUAUAUAUAUUGGAGUAAAAGCUAUGUUUAAUUCAAAAGUUAGAUAUGAUAAAAAUAAAAUAAAAUUAAAGUUUGAUAAUA